UCCAGCCUUUGCGCCCUUCCAUUUUCUUCUCCCUCCUCUCUUCCUUUUGCCCCUUCCCUUCCUCUAGGGUUCCUCCAACUGCCGUCUUUUCGCUCCUCCACACUCUCUUCUUCCUUCUUCCAAUCCCUUCAAUUUUCCCAAUCCAGGUGAAACAUGGCAUUGGAGGUUACGCAGGUUCUUCUGAAUGCACAGUCAAUAGAUGCAAAUGUGAGGAAGCAGGCAGAGGAUAGUUUAAGGCAAUUUCAGGAACAAAACCUUCCCAGUUUCUUGCUGUCUCUCUCUGGUGAAUUAGGAAAUGAGGAAAAGCCAGUUGAUAGUCGUAAAUUAGCCGGACUGAUACUUAAGAAUGCACUGGAUGCUAAGGAACAACAUAGAAAAUUUGAGCUCAUUCAGAGAUGGCUAUCACUGGAUAGCAAUGUGAAGUCCCAGAUUAAGACUUGCUUGUUGAAUACACUGUCUUCAGCAGUGGCUGAUGCUAGGUCCACAGCAUCGCAAGUCGUUGCAAAGAUUGCUGGCAUUGAGUUGCCUCAGAAGCAAUGGCCCGAAUUGAUAGGUUCUCUAUUGUUAAAUGUUCAUCAACAAUCAUCCCAUGUCAAACAAGCCACCUUGGAGACCCUUGGUUAUUUAUGUGAGGAAGUUUCUCCAGACGUGUUAGAUCAAGAUCAAGUGAACAGGAUAUUGACAGCUGUUGUCCAGGGAAUGAAUGCAUCUGAAGGAAACAAUGACGUACGACUUGCCGCUACGCGAUCCUUGUACAAUGCUCUUGGGUUUGCUCAAGCAAACUUUAGUAAUGAUAUGGAGCGUGAUUAUAUCAUGAGAGUUGUUUGUGAGGCCACAUUAUCCCCUGAAGUGCGGAUACGUCAGGCAGCUUUUGAAUGUUUGGUUUCAAUUGCAUCGACAUACUAUGACAAAUUAGCUCGCUAUAUCCAGGAUAUUUUUGGCAUUACAGCAAAGGCUGUUAAGGAGGAUGAAGAGCCUGUUGCUCUUCAGGCCGUUGAAUUCUGGAGUUCUAUUUGUGACGAGGAGAUAGAUAUCUUGGAAGAGUAUGGGGAUGACUUUACUGGGGAUUCUGAUGUACCGUGCUUUUAUUUCAUCAAGCAGGCACUACCUGCGCUUGUGCCCAUGUUACUUGAGACACUUCUAAAGCAAGAAGAGGAUCAGGAUCAGGAUGAAGGGGCUUGGAACAUUGCCAUGGCUGGGGGUACAUGUCUGGGGCUUGUUGCACGCACGGUUGGAGAUGAUAUUGUUCCACUUGUUAUGCCAUUCAUUGAAGAGAACAUUACAAAAUCAGAUUGGAGGCAGAGGGAGGCAGCCACUUAUGCUUUUGGUUCAAUUUUGGAGGGGCCUGCUCCAGAAAAAUUAAUGCCAAUUGUUAAUGUGGCUUUAUCGUUCAUGCUGACUGCAUUGACUCAGGAUCCCAAUAACCAUGUGAAAGACACAACUGCAUGGACCCUUGGACGGAUAUUUGAAUUUCUUCAUGGCUCCAAUAUAGAUACACCCAUUAUUAAUCAGGCAAACUGUCAGCAGAUCAUUACAGUUUUGCUUCAGAGCAUGAAGGAUGUUCCAAAUGUCGCAGAGAAGGCCUGUGGUGCUCUCUAUUUUCUUGCUCAGGGUUAUGAAGAUGUUGGCCCAUCAUCUCCUCUAACUCCAUUUUUUCAAGAAAUUGUUCAGUCCCUUUUGACUGUUACUCACAGAGAAGAUGCUGGGGAAUCGCGUUUGAGGACUGCUGCAUAUGAAACAUUGAAUGAAGUUGUGAGGUGUUCAACUGAUGAAACAGCACCAAUGGUGUUGCAACUGGUUCCUGUCAUUAUGAUGGAAUUGCACAAUACUCUUGAGGGGCAAAAACUUUCAUCUGAUGAAAGGGAGAGACAAGGGGAACUACAAGGCCUGCUCUGCGGGUGCUUACAAGUUCUUAUUCAGAAGCUAGGAUCAUCAGAGCCAAAUAAGUAUGCCUUUAUGCAGUAUGCAGACCAAAUAAUGGGACUUUUCCUGAGGGUAUUUGCUUGCAGAAAUGCCACUGUACAUGAGGAAGCAAUGCUUGCGAUCGGAGCUCUUGCCUAUUCAACGGGCCCAGAUUUUGGUAAAUACAUGACUGAGUUCUAUAAAUAUAUAGAAAUGGGGCUUCAGAAUUUUGAGGAAUACCAAGUUUGUGCCGUCACUGUUGGUGUGGUAGGGGACAUAUGCAGGGCAUUGGAGGAUAACGUUUUGCCCUACUGUGAUGGAAUUAUGACUCAGCUGCUCAAGAAUUUGUCCAGUGAUCAAUUACAUCGUUCUGUUAAGCCCCCUAUUUUCUCAUGCUUUGGUGAUAUAGCACUGGCUAUAGGGGAGAAUUUUGAGAAGUACUUGAUGUAUGCGAUGCCCAUGCUUCAGAGGGCAGCAGAGUUAUCUGCACAUACUGCAGGUAUUGAUGAUGAAAUGACCGAGUAUACGAAUUCUUUGAGAAAUGGGAUUUUGGAGGCAUAUUCAGGGAUCUUCCAAGGUUUCAAGAGCUCUCCAAAAACUCAGCUUUUGGUCCCUUAUGCCCCUCAUAUACUUCAAUUCUUGGAUAGUAUUUACAUCAGAAAAGACAUGGAUGAAGUUGUUAUGAAGACUGCCAUUGGAGUCCUUGGAGACCUGGCCGACACGCUGGGUAGCCAUGCUGGUUCUUUGAUUCAGCAAUCUGUCUCAAGCAAAGAAUUUUUGAGUGAAUGCUUGUCCUCGGAUGAUCAUUUGAUUAAAGAAUCUGCUGAAUGGGCUAAGUUGGCCAUCAGCCGUGCCAUUUCAAUUUAGGCCUCUGCUGGUUGGAAAAUUAUUUUUUUUCACAUUUGAAGUCCUUGCAUGCAUAUGGGUGUGUUGAGUUGGGGUCCGGAUUGCAUCUUUCAAGUCUUCACUCUCAGGACAACGGGAAGCUGUUCACUUCUAGUUGUCACUAACACUUGCAUCAUCAUCAUCAUCAUCAUGAAAGCAUUGCUAACUAUUGCAUUAGCAGCGUCAAGUCGGGAUCUUGUAUGUCAUGGUAGAAAUGGGAGGAGGGAUCGUCCAUUAGCGCCCCCAGUUCGUAUGGCUUGGUCGGUUCGAAUUGUAUCUAUCUCUGACUUGAGAUAGUGUCCAACCUAGUGGGGUUUGCCUUGCCAUCAAAUGGUUUUGGGUUGUGGAAAUGGAUCAAGUACAGGAGUGUUCGUUCACUUCUUCUUCCCCUGAUUAAACACCCUAGUGCUUUUUUCUCUAAACUUCUACUCUCUAGCAGAUCUAGUUCGACACUUUUUACCCUUUGUUUAUUUUUUCUGCAUCAGUCUUGUGAAUUUUUUCAUGGUCUGGUUGUAUUCUGGUCUUUCCUGUGAAAUUCACUUCAUAUUUGUAUACGUCGUUUGGUUCAGUUUCUCAUAGCAAUAGAAAGCAUGAAGGGUCAUCAUUAUAUAUCAUAUCCUCUCUUUGCAUUUCCAUUUGGUCGUGUUUUGUAGUUCAUCAUACAUGAUCAAUACGGUGAAUUCACAUAAAUCAUUAUAUAUCACACAGGUCAUUUUUGAAGUACAGUCGUCUUUCUUUAUUUGUUUAUACAUCCCAUAUCUUAUUAUUUUGCAAGUGAAAAUUGUAUUGGAAACAUCUCAAAGGUUGAGUUGAGGAUUUUGUUGGCUUGUAUAUAUUGUCUGUAUAUGGGAAGUUUUGAUGAUUGGUAAUUGAAGUUCAUUUUUGAAA